GUGAAUCCCUUGACGGCAUGAGCUGGCAGAUGACCGCUGUGUCUUGGAUGCUUCCCUCACUUUCAUGCUGCAUGAUCACUGCAAUGUGGUGAGUGUUUAAGAUUCGACCGGACACCCUCGUCGGGCGCAACCAUGGGGCAAUUGACGCAAGAGGCACGGCUGCGGUUCCGGAACGCGCGGAGGGACUUGAAAUACGACAGGAUCAAUGCAGCCUUGGAUGAGGCCACGCAAGCCUAUGCCUCCUUCCAACUCUCCGGAGAUCUAGAUGGAAUGGCAGAGUGCGUGCGCAUCGUCAGCCACGCCCUCGGGCGACAGGGCUUGCGCAAGCAAGCUGUUCAGAUGGCCACAGAAGAGUUGGAGAAAUUCAGAGAGAAGAAUCAGAAGCGAGCAGAGGCGCUGAUGUUGGUGACCUUGGCGGAGAUCAAGCUGAACGCGAACCAGAAAGAGAGUCGCGAAGAGGCCUGCCAUUUGGCGAACCAAGCGCGGCUGGCCUUCACGAAUUUGAAGGACCGGAAGAUGGAAGGCGAAAGCUGCCUGGCCAGUGGAAACGCCCUCCUAAAGUGCGGCGCUUUCGAUUUCGCCUUAGAGGCUUUUCAGCAAGCCCGUCCAAUUUUUAAAAGCUUGCAGCAAGUGUCUUUGGAGGGUAGAGCACUCCAUGGCUUGGCCUGCUGCCAUGCAGCAGGUGGCCUUUAUACCCGAGCAGUAGAGCAAGCCAAAGAGGCCUGCAAGUGCUUCGAAACCUCUCAAAGCAGCAUCUUUCAAACUGCUGUGCUUGAGGCAAUCAGCUCUUGGUAUGUGGAGUGUGGGGAGCUGCAGUUAGCACGAAGCUUUGCGGAGCAAAGCCUGGCAAUGGCGCAAGAGGCAUCUUCGCCUCGACGGGAAGCCUCUGCUUUGCGUAGCUUGGUCAAGGUCUACAUUCUCCAGGGAGAUGCGAACUCUGUGCUGGGGAACUGCUUGGAUGCAGUGUCGCGCUACAGGGACAUGAACGCCCGGGAGGCUGAGUCCAUUGCUUUGGCUGCCCUGGUGGAAUGUUCCAUUGCAUCUCAGGUUCGACCCAGGAGUUUCUUGAUCCCACACUGCCAGGGCAGCUUGGACAGGAGCCUGCAAGCAGCCACGGAUGCAUGCAUCGCCUUCCGGGAGAUGGGGGAUGCUCACCAGGAGAUGCACAUGUGCUGCACCAUGGCACGUCUUUGUUUGGAGCAUCAGCAGCUGGAUCAGGCUGAAUCUCAUGCCCGCACUGCACUGCAACUGGCCCGGGGACUGGAUGACAGGUUGGGCCAUGGUGAAGCUCUAGGACUUCUUGCGCAGGCCUUCAUGACAAAGGAUGAUGGUUCCGAGAAGGCAUUAGUCCUGCUGAAGAAGGAGCAAGUUGUUUGUCAAGAUGCCAAGGAUCAGCUUGGUGAGGCCUUAUGCUCCCUCUCUUUGGCUCACGUCUACAUGGAGUUGAGCAAACCCAAAGAGGUCUUGGCUUCAGCCGAUGCCGCCAGCCGCUUGUUUCGAUCCAUUGGGGACAAGAUGGGUGAGUUGUCCGCACUUCAGAUCACUGCAGAUGUCCAUGCCAGGGCCAUGCGGUAUGCAGAGAUGUCCUCGGCACUCGAGAAGGCCUUGACGUUGGCCGAAGCAUUGGGUGACGUGGUGACCGAAGCCAGUCUUAACAUCAGCUUGGCGCAGGCACAGAUGGGCCUCUUGGAGGUCUCCUCGAUGCAGCCGAAGAGCGACACCUUCCAAAUGCAGGGCGCACUGGCGGCGAAGGCUGCCAAGAGAGCAGUGGCCCUGGCCCGGCGCCAACAGAGGUCAGACUUGAUCAUCUCCGCCCUUUGCGCCCUCUCCCAGACUCAGUUUCUGGUUGGUGAGAAGCAGGCAGCUCGCUCUGCGGCCAAAGCUGCUGCCAGCUUGGCAAAAGGUCAGCCACUGACCGAGGCGACCGCAUUGGUCCUGGCAGCCAACUCGUGCAUUGCCAUGGGCAAAACCGAUGCAGCCAAAGAAGCCGCCAGCAAUGCUCUUUACCUCUUUGAGGAGGUCAAGGACUAUGUGGGACAAGACCUCGCCAAGGCGACCUUGGAUGCAAUAGACAACCCUGUGAGUGCGGUGAGCAUCUCUGGAAAGAUGCGGCUGGUGCGCAAGCGAAAGACCAGUGUGAAUGCAGAGGCUUUACGACAGAAGGUCCGGAACGUGGUGUCCGAGAUCGUUGGUAUGGAUGCCUUAAUGGAUGACACCCCAUUAAUGCAAUCAGGCUUGACAAGUCAGUCAGCGGUGCUUUUGCGCAACGCUUUGUCCAAUGAGAUUCCUGGCCCGAGCCUUCCCUUCACCUUGAUGUUCGACUACCCAUCGAUCACCGACUUGUCGGCCUUCUUCGUAGAGUCAGCUGGUGGAGAAGAAGAGGAGGUGGAGGAGUGGGUGGAAGACACCUCCGCAGCGGGCGCGCGGAAGGCACAAGCUCGAUCAGGCCCAAGUCCAGACGAGCUCAGGAAGCAGGUCCGUGAUGUGGUUGCGGAGAUCGUUGGCAUGGAUGACUUGGUGGAUGACACUCCUUUGAUGCAAGCGGGUUUAACGAGCCAAUCAGCAGUUCUCUUGAGGAAUUCCUUGAGCAAGGAGUUGCCUGGUGCCAGCCUUCCGUUCACCAUGAUGUUCGACUAUCCUUCGAUCAAUGCGCUCACCGAGUUCUUUGUUGCUCGAAGUGGGCCCCAGGUAGACAUGGACAUGAUUGAAGAUGAAGAUGAGGGUGCUCCCAUGAUGCGCAGCUCACUGGACCCGCAAGUCACACAACGGCAGGUAAGGCAGAUCGUGGAGGACAUCGUUGGUAUGGACGACUUUGCAGAUGAUGCUGCACUGAUGCAGCAUGGCAUCACCAGCCACAAUGCGGUCCUUCUCAGGGACGCGCUCUCCAAAGAGUUCCAGGGGCCCAAUAUGCCUCACACGCUGAUCUUCGACUACCCUUCGGUGCUUGACCUCACAGAGUACAUCAUGGUACGAGCUCAAAAGUGAAUGGUCUCACCGCAGGCAGCUCCUUCACAGCUCGACUCAGCAGUACUGUCCAGGUCCGACGGAGGUCCUUCCCUCCGUUGCGACGGUCCACGGAGUCCACAGAGGGAUGGACCUCCGUGUUUUUUUGCAUC